GAGCCUCACCUCUUUUCACCUCUUUUAGCCUCGUCAUAACAAUUUAUUCACCUCGUCAAAAACAAGAUAAAGCCCACUAUGUUGACGUGUUUGAUGACCCCAUAACCCUCAGAGUUUUCACUCUCGCUCCCUCCAUGCUUUCUUCCUCACCACCAUUACAGCCUUUCUUUCUGAGGGUUCCUCUCUCAACCCUCCUUCUCAACCCCUUCAUACCUCUCACAAUCAUCAUUUCCAAUACCAACCAUGACCGAGGUCAUCAUUGCCACCGAUGCCUCCCACACUCCGCACUGCUGGAUCUCUCAAGACGGGACUCCCAGCGACACCACCAUCCCCAUCUCCACCAUCAUCGAAGACCCCUUCUUAUACAUCUUCGCUUUCCGCAACGCCCACCACCUCUUCGUCAGCUUCGCCAGCCAAACCAUCUACAACUCCAUCACCAAACACGCUCGCGUCAUCCGUCUCUACAUCCUUCGCGAACUCCAAGUCAUAUACCCUCACCGUUGCGUUUCCCCGGCCACUCCCACCGUCACCACCCCUACCUCUACCACCAGCGACAAUAGCGAGGCUUCCAUUCCCCCCUGUAACAGCGACGCCAUCCUCCCCAACCUUGAAGACAUCAUGGAAAGAUGGCGCUUCGCUUGUCGGGCUAUUCCGCACGGUCACGAUAUCAAUUUCGUCUGCUUUGAGCUCUCCGCCCCGGAUGGUUGCGUGCCGGCUGGUAUCUGUCGGAUGUUGCAGAUCUUGAGCACGGUGUUGAGUAUUAAGGAGAGAGAGAAGGGUCGGUUUCGGUGCGGCAUUGAGGGAUGUGAUCGGACUGCGGCGGAACGGUUUGAUCCGUGUUUGGUGGGCAAUGUGGCUAUUGUGGGGUGGUCGUUGGAGGAUGAUUGAUUGAUUAUUUGAUGGAUGGGUUGAAUUGGAUUGGGUGGUGAUGAUGAUGAUGAUGAUGAGAUGUUCUGAAUUGAGGAUGUAGUCGACUUUGUGGAUAUGUCUCUUUCUGUCUAUCUUUCUUUAUGUUGUUGCUCUAUGAGAGUGGAUUACACAUGGCAGAACUGGAUUGUGAUGUUAUACUGCGGAUGGAGUCAGCUUUCGAUCACUCAAUGUUAAAUAGCCAAUGAUUAAUGGCUGAGUGGAGUGGAGUGUGUGAUUUGUUCUGCCAGCUUGGGUAUGAAAUACGGAGUACAACUGAUAUUGGAAAAAAAAAUGAACUUACCAUUGUCUUUCCCUCUUUCUCUUUUCGUCUUCCUAUAGAGUAUAGACAGCGGUACAGUUCAAUAA